AUGGACAAUCAAAAGAGGCACCAUCUGCAGCCGGAUGUCACCUUGGGUGAGAUUUAUACCAAACUGACCACAAAAUCCGACGAGGAUCUCAUGGACAUUAUUAGGCGACUUCAAAAAACGGAAGACUACAAUGCCACCGUCCUGGACAUUAUCAACAAAUUGAAAUAUGAAAAUAUAAAUAAUCUAAAGUAUACGCCGCUGGUGGAUCGCGGCUAUUUCGACUUGGAACGCAUGAAUUUUCUCUACACCAACAUUGACAACAUGGAAAGGAAUCCCCUGUACGUACUGUUUCCAAAACGCGGUGGGUCCAUAUUCGAAACGUUGUGCAACGAGCCGGACAAACAGCCGCACCUUCAACACCCGGUAUUCCGUGCCAUUCUAAAAAAUCUUCUAACCAGCGAUGGAGUUUUCGAAGAAAACUACAUACAGAGUUUCACCAAUAACUUGGAUUUUGAACACUUUAAAAACAUUACAGUUGGUGAGAACACGGCCACACUACAAAAGAUUAUUAGAAAAUUAAACACUUACGAGAAUGUAGAUUAUAUUUUAAUGUACGCCUUCUUCACCAGUGUCCAGGUGGACAGGUUGAACUGCAGCACCAUGAUCACUCGCAACGAUUAUCUGGAAUUGUACAAUUUAAUUAUGAAAAACAUACCAAACAAAUCAUUCAAAGUGGACCUCUGUAAAUAUUCGAUAGGACAAUACUUGAAAUCGUUUCCCAUGAUACGGACCUAUCAGUUGGUGUACGAUGAAAAAAACGAGGAAAUUCUGUACAACAACCAGGACACCUUGGACGAACUGGAAUAUGAUAAACUGGUGAAAAUUACCAAUUAUGCUAAACGCGUGAUAAUGCUGUGCUGGCCGCUGAAAGAUUUUGAUGUACUGAAGAAUGUACUGGAUCUGUCGCCUUACGGUUUCAAUGAACUGGUGUACUUUGAAACGUUGAGUUGCAACAGCAGCAAUUACAUCUACGUAUCCUUCCUAAUGAAAUGCCUGUGGUACGUGAUUCUCAACGAUGAUUGUAACUGUUCCGAGACCUAUUACAUCCUAUCUAGGACCGCUCCCAUCUCCAAUCCCAUGGACAGAGAGAUGAUAUUAAGAUUUGCGAUAUUCGAAUGUGGCAAACUGAGAUUUCGUAUGCCAUAUCAGCGAGAAGUGAUCGACGAGGCAUUAGACAAAAUGGAACAAUUCGGAACGGAUUCAGACUUUUAUAUUAAAAUGAAAGAAUUCGAAGCCAUUCAAUACUAUCACGACACCAAGCCGGAGAGCGUCAGGUUCCUGAAUCUGUGCACGCUGUACGAGAUGUCACCGUACACCAAUCUGCACGGCAGGACAUUGAUAUCCAAGAUGAAUUUGAACACUCUCAGUGAAUUUGUAGAUAUUAAAUGCUCCGAUUACCGAUGCGAGUACGACGACUACGCACUGCCCUAUGAUAUUGACGUGAAGAACAGGUUGGAUUAUUUGGUGUUGAAGGAUUACUUUAAUUCAAUUGCGACAACGGAGCAGUAG